AUGGAUAAGUAUCAGAAAGUUCGUGUACUUGGCAAGGGAAGCUUUGGGAGCGCAAUUCUUAUCAAACGCAAGGUAGAUAACGCACUGUUUGUUGUAAAGGAGGUAUCAUUUCUGAAAAUGUCUAAGAAAGAGCGGGAUGAGGCGCGUCACGAGUGCACAAUCCUUCAGAAGCUUAAACAUCCUAAUAUUGUGCGCUACGUCGAGCAGUUUGAAAAUCAGAGAAGUCUAUACAUUGUAAUGGAAUACUGCGACGGUGGGGAUUUGAACGCUAAGAUACAGCAGUCGCGUGUCCCCAUGAAGGAACCAACAAUUAUGUAUUAUUUCUCACAAGUUUGCCUGGCUAUGGAAUACCUCCACUCGUUUCACAUGCUGCACCGAGACAUUAAGACCAUGAAUGUUUUUCUCAUGAAAAACGGAGCUGUCAAAUUGGGUGACUUUGGCAUCACCACUAUCCUUCGCAACACAAUGGGAAUGGCAAACACGGUCUGUGGUACGCCCUAUUAUUUUUCUCCCGAGCUGUGUCGCAACAAACCAUACAACAACAAAAGCGAUAUCUGGGCGUUAGGUGUCCUCUUGUAUGAGUGCGCGACUGGUGGGCGUCAUCCAUUUGAUGGUGCCAACAUGAAUCAGCUGAUGCAACGCAUCGUUACUGGGCAAUGUGCAGCGAUUUCUAGUCAAUACUCACCUGAGUUCCGUAAGAUGAUAGACUGGUGCCUUCAGAAGGACCCUAUAAGGCGGCCAAGUAUUAAGCAACUUCUUUCCCUUCCUCUUGUUCGUCGGUCCUUGGAGCAGUUGGAGGAGAAUCUUAUGCUGGCGACCGAGUGCCGUGUGCGUUUGAAGGACAUCAUCGAUUUUAACGCCGGAUCGCCUAAUAGUGAAAAUUCCAAUGAAUGCCAAGCUGGCAAGAAAACACCCUGCCCUACCCCUCGAGCGGAACAGAAAAAAGUAAAGCAGUCCCCGGGCCUCACCCCUGGUCAAGCGGCAGCCAUGGCGGUGGUGCAACAGUCACCCACUAAAGGCUCUCCCGAAUCUAAACGCGUCGCUGACAUCUUGGGCCCGAAGCCCAAGGUACCUAACGUAAAUAACAAUCAAAAUAACGCGAAUCAUGUCACGCCGGGCGAGAUCUAUCAACGAAACAUGCUUGAUAACCUUCAACAAAUGCGAAACAGGCUCAACGCUGCAGCGCUAGCUGGACCUUCACCGUACGCUAAGAGACCUUCUUCUCCAAGCAACCGUAAGGUAGUUCCGCCUGAUUCUGAACCGCCGGUGAAGUUGGAAGAAAUUGCUGCUGUACACGAUCCACCCCCGUUCUGUGAGUACCAACCGAAUGUUCAACGUAUAAAGGCUAUCAUGGCUAAAUAUGAACAUAAUGCAAAUCCUAAGGCGAAGGAAACCAUCCAUGCGUAUAUGCGUCGCAAGCAGGAGGAUUACUUGAAGAAGCAAAAAGAAGAUCUGGAGAGGCGCAAGCGCUUGAAUGAGCUCCGAGAAAAGGAGCUCCAGCGCAUUCUGGUUCAACAACGUCGUGCUGCGCUGGGUGUAGAAAACAAUGUUUAUGCAAAUGGCUACAAUGGCAACAACAAGCCCAUUAAGGAAGCCCAGUCACCAGCGCCAGUACCACGUGAGGCAGGGGUCUCACCGCGUAAUAACCGCGUUCCCACUGCUGCCUCCCCCUCUCCCCCUUCAUUUCCCUUAAACAACGAUCAUCGAUGUGCUCCAGCACCACAUUCGCCUACGAGAGCUGGUGGUUUGCCCUUGCAUACUCCUGCUCAGGGCUUGCAGCGGAUGUUUGGUGUCGACCCUAGAUACGCUCCCUGUAGCCCUGUGAAAGGUGUUCCCAAGGGCAAUACUCCACCUUUAAUGGCUAACCAGAACAAAGUGAAGGUUGCAGCGAACUCGCCGCUACAUGCGGAUAAGGCUGCAUAUCAGAAGGCAAAACAAGCUGUCGGUAAACGUAAGGAGGGGCCAUCACUGGGGGAUCAACCAAGGGGAUUUCCAAAGAAUCGUUACUCCAAUGGCUAUCCACUAGACCGUUUAGAUCAUAAAGCUCGAGAGGUAGUGAGUCGUGAAGCCGAGGAGAGAAAAAAUCCCAAACGGCGCUCUUUUCCGACGAACGCUGAACCUAUGAAAAAAAAUAAAAAUUUGGUUGAUAAGGCUGCUUCUCCACAAGUAGUGGCAGAUGAUGGUAUGGUUAUCAUGGGUUCUCAGGUACCGCACUUCCGAUCGCCUCAAACACGUCAGGGUCGACCCCCAAGACCAGCUAUAUUGAACGCUUUGCUGGACAAUGGAAAUGUUGCUGAGCACGCAGCACCCAGACUGACACCACCCUCAACUCCCAUUAGUAAACCCAACGCUGAGAAACGCGUCCGCUCCUCAUUGAAUUUAGAAUUUCAGCCACAUGUGGCUACCCCCAUCGCGGGAAUCCGAAACCGAAUCCCUUCCUCUCCUGCUUUAACUCCGAGGAGCCUGGCUGCACUACCGCCUGCUGUGCCGCACUCCGCCUUGCAGUCGCCAGAGGAAAGUGCGGAACGUCUUUUUAAACGCAUCCCCCCAGCAGCUCAAACCCCCAAAUCAUAUGAGGUUCAAGCGUCUAAUUUGCCUUUAUCACCGUCCAAGCAGAAUCCGUUAGCUGCUCCGAAUUAUGAAACUUCUAAUCAGCUAGUGAGUGAUUCAGACGUUGCUUUGAUGAGGCUUGUAGAAAACAAAACAAAUUUUCAGGAUGGUAAAGCAAAUGUGAUGCUCCCUCUAGCAAUGGACACCCCUCCUUUGGAGCUGUCCUCGAUUGUCAUCAAGGGCAAUGAAGACAGCAUUUCAGAAGCUGAGCUGAUUGAUGUGGCGCACACCGUCAAAGGGUGCACUCCAGUUCAGCCCAUCUCCUUAAUGAACAACAAAGCGGCCAAUUUAUCCAGGCAAGAUUCACAGUCCAGUAAUGCGGCCAUCCCAAGGAAGAAGGCUGGCCUGGAGGAUGUUAAACCUAUUUUCCAUCCUGCUCCGGAUGCCCGCCCUCAUCACCUUUGCUGGCCUCUAUCUAGUGAUGCGGCAAGGUACGCAGGUAUGCUAAAGGGGCCCAAUAUCCCAGCUGCCGAGGUUGAGCUGCAUCCGCUUAAGGAUGUGACCGGUGAGGGUAAUGAACGGGAGGUUGUGGUGCCUAGCAUGCUAGAAACGCUGCGCACCUUGCGGAGCAAGGUGUCCCCCUAUCGUGACUGCAACUCAGCGGAUCACUUCUCGAAACAGUUAGCCUUGCUUAAGCAACGACAGCGACUCGGUGUAGAGCGGCAUCAUGUGAUUAAGAAUACUGACAUUCUAGACACCAAUUCGCAAUCCAACGAAGGGCCACCCGAACCUAUUCCGGAGAAGCUUUCUCCCCUUCACGGCACGCCACGCAAAAAUCCGAUUCUAGAUAGCGAGGACAUUUUUCCUAGUUGUUGUACAAGUGUCGAAAGCGAAGCACACGCUUCGCCCCAUUCGGACCACGACUCUGUGUCCGACACGAAACGCACAAGCUUAGUUGAGGGUUAUGAGGAGAUGUUGCAGCACUUGAGAAGUUUGCUGGAAAAACGGAGGGUGUCGUAUCGUAAUAUUCGUAAAUUAUACAAAAACGCAGAAGACAGCGUCAGCAGGCCAUCAAGCCCUGCAAACCUCUCUAAGGGAGAUUUAGACAAUCCGAUGUCUAGUAACGAGAUCUUUUGUCCCUCAUUGGAUUUAGUAUCAGGCUCCCCACCUCGCUUGCUUAACACGAAGUCUGGAAAGAACACUCAAGUCCCAGUACUCGUGGCUAUGGAUGAAUUAUCCGAAUCGCUUCAUAUUGAUGAGGCGACUGACGACGUAAACGGCGAUGACGACAAUUUUGAAGAUGCCAUACCGCUUUCCCCAGCACGUUGUGCCAUGAGAAACGACAUGUACACUCAAAUGUUGCAACAUAAUCUAAUUAGAAGCCCAGAAGUUAACGCGAAAAGUUCCAAUGCUAGCGACAUCUUGCACUCAAAUGGUGUACCUCAUGGUCAAGAUGCGAUAUUGAGGAGGGACUGUACGCGCUGUUAA